CCUCACCACCAUAUAAUCCACCCAUCCCAUUGCCUCUCUCUCCAAGUUGAAAAUUUUAACAUUUUCCUUUUAGCCAUAGCGGUCUCUAGCCCACCAGGCGAGGCCCCCCGGCCGCCGCCGCCGCACUCCCCCGCACCCGGGGCUGUGCCUAUGUCGCUCCCCCCGUCCUACGUGCCGCCACUCCCGCCACCACAGCAUCUGGUUCCACCUCUAGCUGCACAACCACACCAGAAACUGCUGGCGCCAUCUCCGCUUUAUAAGCAGCAUUCUUGGUCACCGGAUAUUUACCGGGACGAGGCUUGGCUUCGGCGGAAAGGAAACAGCAAGAAUAGGAGAAGCAAGAGCGUUACUGAUGAAGAUCUCGACGAGCUCAAGGCUUGCAUCGAAUUAGGUUUCGGUUUCGACUCACCUGAAGUGGAUCAACGCUUAUCUGAUACUUUGCCUGCUUUGGGAUUUUAUUAUGCUGUUAACAAGCAUUACUGCGACACCGUUUCAAAGUCAGUCACGGCAACGACGUCGUCUUUGUCCACGGCGUCUGACUGCGACUCGACGUCCCCCCUUGGUAGCCCCCUCACCAUCUUCGGUCCAGAUGACAAUCCGCAGACGGUGAAGACGAGGCUGAGACAGUGGGCGCAGGUGGUUGCUUGUUCGGUGCGGCUAUAUUCAAGUUCAAGCUCUAGGUGAUGAUGGUGAUAUUGAUAUGUAGCUAACUAGACAUGAUCAGGGUUAAAUGGGAACAAACUAGAGUCAUCAAAUUAACCAAACACAUCAACAUCAAGAUUCAUCAACUUGUUUGAUACGACAACGAUUCUUUUUCCCACCAACUUCGUAUGUUUGGUCUGAAGAGAUAUUUAGAAGAAGAACCAAAAGACGAAAAAAGGGGAAGGGGAGAAGAAAAGAAAGGCAAUGUGAAAAUUAAACCCCACCUGGCAAAAAGAAAAUCGAGCUUUUACUGUUACUGGAUUGACUUUUUAUGUCUGUUCCUGUUUGUUUUUCUGUUGUUUAUUCCUGUUAUGGUUCUCUGAAAUGCUUUGUUGAAUGAGCUUAUACAGAUCAAAAGAUGUCUGCGUUGCGUCUCUGGACUGAUUGAACUUGUACAACUUUGGCUUUAAAAAAGGUUAAAUUGGCAUAAA